GACAUAAUAGCUAAGUCCUGAAACAAGAACGAAAACUGACAGCCCAAACACGCAGACAUAAAAACAACAGUGACUGAGAGUCACCGUCUACAUUCAGCUUGUCAUGAAGAGCUGGUGACUUCCUGCUGGAGACGAUUGAGACAGGGGAGUUUAGGUACUCUUUGGACUCUUUGGGCUGCCAGCAUGCUCCGGCAGUCUCUGAGCAUCCUGAAGCAGCUUGGAUCUGUGGGGAAGUCCCAAGAUGCCACUGAACUCCUACAUGAGGACCUGGUUAGGGUGGAGCAGCGGGUGGAGCCAGCCAAGAGGGCGGCUCAGAUACUUCAUAAAAAGCUGCUGAGCUGCAUGCAGAGUCAGCCAGGCCUGGAGGCCGAGAGGCGAAUGAAGAAACUCCCUCUGAUGCUGCUCUCCAUCAGCAUGGCAGAAAGCCUCAAAGACUUUGAUGCUGAGUCCUCUAUCAGGAGGGUACUGGAGAUGUGUUGCUUCAUGGAGAAGAUGCUGGCCAACAUGCUGGCAGACUUUGAGAUGAAGGUGGAGAAGGAGGUUCUGGAGCCACUCAACAAGCUCAGCGAGGAUGAUUUACCAGAGAUUCUCAAGAACAAGAAACAGUUUGCCAAGCUCACUACAGAUUGGAGCAAUGCAAGGAUCAGGAGUCAGACCAGUACAGGUCCUCAGGCGAAGCAGGACGGGCUCAGGGAGGAAGUGGAAGAAGCUUGGAGGAAACUGGAAAGCAUCAAGGACCAGUACUCUGCCGAUCUCUAUCAUUUUGCCACUAAAGAAGACGACUAUGCAAACUACUUCAUUCGCCUUCUUGAGCUGCAGGCGGAAUACCACAAACAAUCACAUGAAUUCCUGGACAGGAACAUCAAUGAGCUCAAAGAGAGUCACAGUCAAAAAGGGACAGCAUUAAGUCUCUCUAAGAAGAAGGUCUAUGGAGAACCUCUGCUGUCUCACCUGUCUCAAAGUGAGCAAGAAAUCGCUACACCCAUCCAGGAGUGUAUUUACAUGCUGCUGAGAACAGGCAUGAAGGAAGAGGGUCUGUUUCGUUUGGCGGCAGCAGCCUCAGUUGUAAAAAGGCUCAAGACCUGUCUGGAUCAGGGGACGGUGGACCACAGCGAGUUUAGCAUAGAUCCUCAUGCUGUGGCUGGUGCAUUGAAAUGUUACCUGCGAGAACUUCCUGAACCUCUCAUGACCUCUGAACUCUACAACGACUGGUUUAAAGCAGCAGGGGAAAAAGAGCUGACAGAGAAGCUGCAGCAGUUCCGAGUCCUGCUGAAAAAACUGCCACCUGAAAACUACAAUAAUCUCAGGUAUCUGGUCCAGUUCUUAUCUCUGCUGUCUGAACAACAAGCUGUAAACAAGAUGACACCCAGUAAUAUCGCCAUUGUCUUGGGGCCCAACCUGCUAUGGCCGCGAGCUGAAGGGGAAGCUGCUCUCUUUGACAUGGCAUCAGCGUCCUCAGUCCAGGUGGUGAUGGUCAUCGAGCCUCUGAUUCAGUACAGCUCCAGCCUCUUUCCUGAAGCGGCCCCAUUUGAGAUCCCAGACCUUACAGAGUGUCUGGAUGUAAGUGUUUCUGCUCCUGUUGUCCAGUCGUUUAUUUCCGAUGAGGACAGACUGAGUAGGACGUUCUCCUCUUCCUCCACAGCGUCCUCCAGCUCCUCUCAUCACACUCCUCUCUCAAAGACAAACAGCACAGCGUCACAGGAUAGUGUUAGCUCCUUCCUGAUGAAAUCUGGCUCUGUGAGUCGGAGCAGCACCACCUGGACCAGUCCAGUCCCUGAGACAGCAGCACCAGCCCAACAAAGCUCAGCACUCAGCAGCCUGUCACUGGACUCCAGUCCAGUUCAAGCCUCCAGCGCUCCUCCGGCCAUCGGUGUGACAUCAAGCCACAAUCAAACCCCUUCUGCCAGGGCUACAGGACCCAACCCAGGUCAGAGCAGGAGCCCGACCCAGAAGCAGAACUUUGAGCAAGGCCAACUGGAGCCAAUUGUGGAGGCACCUCCAGACUCACCUGUAGCAUUUGUGAAGAUCACAUCACCAUAUAAACCCAAGAGAACCUUCAACGUCAGUAAAACUAACCACGCUACCGAGCAGGUGACAGUUCAGUAUUCCAAACCCAGAGCCCCGGUGCCCCCCAAGCCUCAGGCCCCUCCACCUCCUUCCCCUGCUAUCACCACCAACACCAACACCAGCACCAGCACCAUCCCAGCCCCAGAAGCCCCAACAGCAGCACCAGAGACCAGAACUCAGCCGACACCGGCACCCCGAGCUCAGUCAGCUGGUCUCAAAAAGCCUACACCGAAAAAGCCUGGGCUGAGAGCUCCAAACUGCCCACCGCCUCUUCCUCCACCAGUGAAAGAAGUUCCCUCUAUAGCACAGUGACUAGCUGGUUUAUGUUUUGCUGGGUCCAUCUUUCAGUAUUUUCAGUCUGCGUGUAUUUUAGUAGUCAUGUUUCCUCAUUGAGUCACAUAUUUAUUCUUGUAUGACACUUCCUGAAAUUCAGAGCAAGUACGGGAAAGUGAGCAACAGUAAAAACUCUCCCAGAUAUUUGAAAACAUACUACUAUUAAAUGUUGAGUGUGCAUUUUGCCAUACAUCCAACAAAUAAUACUAUUCAGUGUCUGCAACAAUUACUAAAAGCUAUAAACAUCUUCUCAGCUGUAGUUGUUCAUCUGUAACAUUUCCCCCUUUUGUGUUGUUAGGUGACACUUUGCUGGUAGGGUUAGGGUUACACUUGAGCCAUGUUUAAAGUGAAGUAGUUUAGAUUGUGUUAAACACAGAAACUUUUGGGCCUAUAAAAACUUCCUGUAUAACCCUAACCCAAAAAAGGUUUUAAAUAAAUAAAUAAAUAAAUAAAAUAAAGUAAUUUUCAUUACCACCUUUUCAGGCUUAUUUAAGGUGUAAUAUCCCUUUAAAUGAACCAUGACUGUGUAAAUAAAAGCGUGUCAAGUCUAAUUCAAAACAUCUUUAUUGUCAAUUUAUAUCAUCAUAGUACAUCAUUGGUAUUAACUGCAGCAUGUGGAUGUGAAUUGCAUGAUGUACUGCAGGUGCUCAUACUGAAAAUUACAUAUCUAUAGGAGGUCAGUUGAUAUCUUUGCGUACAUUUGUAUAAAAGAAAAUACACAGUAAAUGACAAUUCUUCUAUAAAAAGCAAUAUAGGAGUUGGACUUCAUAAUCAUAAAAGGUGCUCAGAGUAUCUAUAUACAAAGUCUGCAGCAUUAAAUGAACAAUUAUAGGGUUCAGGCUUUAGUUGGAACUAGCAAAUACUGGUUGAGUUGGUUAUAUUCCCUUAAUCAAUGUAGUUUAGAACAGAGAUGUUUGUGUUUCUCUGGUUUACCUUCGUCUAAUGAGACUUCAUGUCACACAUCUUAAGAUUUAAUUCCCCUCCCUUUUUCUUUCCUUGUAGAGUAUUCCUGAGUGAAGAGUAGAGUAAAACGUCUUCUCUUUGCAUUGAUGAGCAAGAGUCUUUUCCCCAUAAAAUGUAAGGAAAUCUGAAAAAUUAAAUGAAUGACAGGCUUUGUAACUUCUACACUAAUGUUUCGUUUAAGGUGCCUCAUUCUUUGGUACAUCUUCACUUUCUGCUUGCCUUUUUGAAGUCAUGACCCUUUUUUAAGAACACUUUUAUGGCACUUUUCCACUGAAUGGUAUUAGCUCAAACCGACUCACUUAUGGUAACGUACUUCAUUUUCCACUGCAGGAAUGUAUUUCACCUGGUUGUCAUAGUGAUGAAUGACAAUGCCAUGGCAUCAUUUUCAACAUUACAUGCCAAACAAGAAUUGAGGAUACUGAUGGAGAUUAAACCAAAGAGUAAUCAAUCAAAUUCUUUGACCAAACACAGGGACAGAUCUUCAGAUCCACAUAUCUUCAUCUCCUCAGUUUGACCAGAGCCUGGUUGCUUUGGUUGUUAUUAUAAAACCAUUGAUAGGGUUUAACAUCUGAAUACAAGGACGCAUGAUGUUUGUAUUCAUAGGACAAGCAAAGUCAAGUAAAGUAAAUUAACUCAACCACACUGUACUACAACUACUUGAUAAGGUUCUCAUUUUUGUGACCAAACUUCAGGAGAAGUCUGUCAAAAUAAAAGUCACCAUAAUCAUUUAGGACCAAUCCUGACUUCACAUGCUAUGGGAAUUAUGGUAAAUACUAGCUACAAACUCGAAAAUUGGACAUGAACGCCCCUCACGUCGUAUUUUCCACCGGAGAACUGGGAAAUAAAUUUGAUCCAUGAGCAUGAAAACAACCUUUGAACUUUUCAACAUGGCGCAGAACAACAAGGGAUUCAGUCAGCUGAUGAUUUUGCACAAUUAUAGUAUCCACAAUUUGCAUAAAAUAACUACAAAAAGAAAGCUGUAGCAGAGGAAUUAACACAUCCAAAACUCCUUUACCCAAAUAGAAGGUCACGACAAAUUGUGUGUCAGCAAUUUUUCAUUUUGCUACAACAACAAAAGCACUUGAAUAAAACAUACUUGUAAUUUCAAAUUCACUAGUAGAAAGGAUCUUCUUCCCGCUCAUGACGGCAGCAUAAGUAAUUCUUUCCAAGUAAAGUUUUUCAAGACAUCUAACACUGUGAAACCCUAACUGAAUAGAGUAUUAAUAAAUAUAAUAAGCAAUAGUGAGUGUAGUAGUUUGUUAUUUAACAUUGGUGGGUUCAUCCAAUCCGUAAAAUACAGAAUGGAAAAAUAAUGAGUUUUUUGGAGACAAUGUCAAUGGAAAUCAAUAGGUAUGUUUCCACUUUGCACAUCAAAAAACCUGAAAAGUAACACUAAGAACAAACUUUUUGCAUUUGGGAGAGUUGGAGAAAUUGGUGUAUCAACAAAAAUGCGUGGAC